AUGGUUCUUUGGAAGGCGUCCCUGAUUUGGGCAGUCUAUGCAAUCGUGGUGGCCAUUCUAUUUAUGGUCGCUUCGGUAUUCAUCUAUGUUUAUCAGACUCCUCGCGACCGCUCUCUAUCAGUGACACUGGUGUGCAUCGUUGCCAUCGCAUGCCUUCUUGCAACUGUUCUAUUACUACCAGUUGAUGUUGCACUGGUCUCUUCCACCGUCUCAUCUUCCAAGGGCCGACGCAAAGACUGGGCCACUCAGGAAGUAGUGGACAGUAUUACUCUUUCUCUGACCCUUGUAUACUACGUCCUAUACUCGGUGGACAUCCUCUUCUGUCUUCUCGUUAUCCCUUUUACCUAUUUUUGGUAUGAGGAAUACGAUGAGGUGGCAACUCAAGAAGGAGAGCAGUCCAUCGGACAGCGGUUUUGGGGUGCUUCCAAAUAUACACUAUCAUUUGUUGCCAUCUCGAUCAUCCUGGCUUUUGUCGGCUUUUUCGUACCUAUUUCUAAAUCUAACGAUGGGGACGGUCUUGAUUUCUUCAAAAAUCCAAUGGGCGGAAAUCAUGUCGAACGCGCUCUUAUUUUUGCUCUGGGCUUGUUGAUAACGGUCGGCAUGUGUGUGUAUGUUCUACACACCUCAAUAGGCUUUGCUGUCCUUCCAAUUCGCCUGAUCAAAAGUGGCCCUUCAUUAUCAACUAAAAGCUUGAUUGCAGCCUCCUCUGUGCAGCUUGAAUCAAACAGAGAACGGCAGCGCCAAUUAGAAGGCCGCUGUAGAGGGAAUCCAGAACUCUUGUCUUCCAAGGACCGCAGAGAGCUGGACGCUCUGGCGCGGGAAGAGAGAACAUUGGUCAGGAGACAUCGCUUGGCGCAACAGGCAGAAGGGGGAUCUCAACCCUUCUUUAUGAGAGUGUGGUACAAGCUUGAAGCUUUUUGCCGCCCGUUUAAUCUUUUGUGGGGGUUGAUACUAAUGGCUGUUUCGCUAUUAACUUGGGUAUCUAUGCUCCUAACCACUACUGACAAGGCGAAAAACUCAAUAUGCAAGCAUCAUUGUGGGUAUAUUCUUGGGCACAUCAACAUCUUCAAUCCCAUCAACCAAGUAUUUGUUCAAUCAGCCAAGGUAUUUCCGGUUGACUACGCCCUCUUCACUAUGCUCGUAUUACUAUUCUUCUGCAGUUCAGUUGUUGGUAUUGCUACCGUCGGUAUUCGAUUUCUAUGGAUCAAUAUCUUUAAGGUUCGAAAAGGCCAUACAUCUCCGCAGGCCAUGCUCUUGAUGACGGGCAUGUUGAUUUUGGUCAUCAUGGCUCUCAAUUACUCAAUAUCUAUGAUCGUUGCACCUCAGUAUGCAACAUUUGGGUCGCAAACAUUCUGCGAUCGUUCUCGCGAUUUAUCCGGGAUGCAACCGGACUGCUCAAAAACCAGGCAUCUUAUCAUACCUUGCUCGGAAGCAAUUAACAGUCGGGCCACCGAGCAGGUCUGCGUUCCCAGUAUCGCUAGCACAUUUCUGAAUAGCGUAUCCAUAAAUUUUCCUUUUUUUGGCGCGAUAUUCUUUUGGGCUCAGUUUGCUUUCCUUGGUAUUUAUCUGCUUGCCUUUAUCGUUUCGUUUCUACGCUCUCCAAAAUUAGACGAACGACAACUAGAUGAAGACGCCGGGAAUGCCGAGGAAGAGGCCCUUCUAGCAAGAUCCAGAAGAAAUGCCGGUGCGCGGUGGCAGAAUGUUAUUGGUAGGGCUAGCAGGCAUGACGAUGUUCGAGGGGAGGAAAGUUGA